AGCGCAGCAGCACAAAAGCGCUAGCCCUGCCCACUUUCUUGCAUGACUUGCACACAGCACCUGCACUGUCAUCUGCAAUAUAAUAUGGCUAACUUCAGUGGUGGAUUUAGAGCUCAGCGUAAAGCGAGUUAUAAUGCAGCUAGCACCCAAAAAACUGGCCACAAUCCCUCAGGCAACACAAGGGGGGAAGAUGGUCAGGAGACAAGAGUAGCCAUUAGGGAUGUGACUCCCCAUGAAGCCAACACUGUUCUUGUUGGAAUAGUCAUCACUAAGCAGAGGGUCCACACAUUUCCUGAUAAGAGAAACCCAGGCAGCAUGAGAUGCAAGUUUACUUUCACCCUGAGGGACUCUCCUGCUGACUACAUUAAUGCCACCUACUGGGGCUCGGAGGAUCAUUUGAGACAGUUGCACUCUUCCUUCAAGAUUUGUGACGUAGUCGAGGUGCAGAACUGUCAAGUAUCCAGCAAAAUUACGAGUGGAGACCCACAAAAUGACAAGUGGAGCCCAUGGACCCCUAGUCAGUACCAGGUGAACAUCAGUGAGACGUACUCAAACCUCUCCCUGUACAGUGGCUGGGAUUACACAGAGUUCACAGCCCUGGCUCACGUACCUCUGAGACCACCCUCCGACUACCACACCCUCUCAGACAUCCUUAGCAAUGGUCCAAGUAUGGAUGGCUCUCACAUCAAUAUUCUGGCCAUUGUAAAGCACGUGUGUGCUGUACGAGAGAUGACUUCUAAGAAUGGGAAGCCACUUAGAAAAUGUGACAUUCACCUCAUGGAUGAGGGCUGCUCACAUUUCCAACUAGUCAUGUGGGAUGAUGAGAUGAUAGAGCUGGCUCAGUCAUGGACACCAAGAGAGAACAUUAUUUUUGCAGUUGAUGUCAAAGUCAGCAAUGACUCAUAUUGCAAGUGUAUGUUGGCAACAUGCGAUCAGAAAACCAUUGUCAUUACAAAUCCAGACUCUGGUGAGGCCCACCAGCUCUACCAGUAUGCUCAGACUGUGGAGUCAGACCUCUUCAAAGAGCCGGCAGGAGAGGACAAGAGAACAUCGUUUACAGAAGAUGCCAAUGAUAAUAUUUCCAGCAUCAGCCAGGUGUACACAGUAGAGGAGCUAAAAAAUGAGAUGUCGACACGGGUGGGGGAUGACUCGUGUUUCACUGGGAUCUUGUUCGCCUACCUCACCACCCUCAACAUUGAUCAGGGCCUGGGCAGUGUGCUCUAUCAUCGCUGCACAAAGUGUAGCUUUAGGGUGGGGCUGGACUCAAGCCUGUGUCUCAACAAGGCCUGUUCCCUCAGUUCCCCUAUGGCCGAGGGGUCUUUCUCCUCAGAUGUACACUACAACAUGCUGGUCUCUCUCACUGACUGCACUGGGACGGUAGACUCUGUGUUACUGACAGGACAGGCGGCCUACAGUCUACUGACAUGCUCGCCUGCUGAGAUGCUUACAAAGAAUGAGCGAACCAGAACCGAGAUUAAGACUGGACUUGUGCUGGAGAAAUUCAAGGUUUAUUUUAAGUGCCUGUGCUCACAAAAGAAGAGCUCAGUUCGAAUCCUCUCCAUGUGUAUGGUAGACUCAAGAGAAGUCACCCUGGCAUGAACCUCAACGGACUAACAGUUCACUUAGCUUGCAAUUACAAUCACAGUCAACACUGAUU